AAUUCUUGAGAUAGAAUCAGCGCGUAAGUACGCUGCUUACGGUCAUGGCGGUCAUUUUUAUCGUGUUGUUAGUUGUUAUACUGGAGCCGUGUGCGUCCGUGAUAUUUCAUGUGAAUGAAACUGAAUACAACAAAAUGCCGCCGCUUUUCGCGAUGGAUAACUACGACCAGUGUAUGUCUGACGCUGAGGGAAUGUACUGCAUUGCCGACUUUGAUCUGUUCUCACGGCGAAGAUCGUCACUAAUGCAUUUCAUACAGGAAUACUCAGCAUACACCAAAAAGCAUUACAAUCAUACUCAACUACACAGAGGUAUUUGUAUAACACGGACCUGUAAAACUUAUCUACUUUACAACUCAAAUAAAACAAUGGACCUAAACAUGACCCUUGAGGGAUGCUUCAAUAAAACAAUAUGGGAUGACUACAAUAUAGAGGCAAAGUUAUCAAAGCUACACUAUUGUAAGAAGAAAGGAGACAAGAGGAUAAUUGAUAAGAGUGAUAUAGCUGUUUUUAUAGUGUACGUGGUGCUAAUUUUGUUACAUUUUAUCGGAAGCUCUUACGACAUCAUCAAAUCUCGAAACGAUAAAGCUGAAAACAAAAUCCUUCUUGCGUUUUCUCUGAAAAGGAAUUGGGCGAAAUUAACAGCACCUAGUGGUGCUGGUCCAGAGCCGAGGUUGGAAAGACUGAAAAUGAUUAAUGGUAUGAGAUCAAUAACAAUGAUUUUUGUUAUUUUUUCGCACACUGCUGUUAUUUUCUUUCAUACUUUCCAUGUUAACCCACUAUUUGUAGAAAAGUCUUAUGACGAUCCUAUGAAACAAAUUGCCUUCAACGGAACUCUGGUGACAUAUACGUUCCUAGCGAUGUCCAGUUUCUUACUAGUCUACAAUUUUCUCAUAUACUCGGAGACUCAUGAUAUAUCCUGGUGGGACUUUCCUAAAGGAGUGUUUUUACGAUGGAUAAGAUUAACGCCGUCAUAUGCCCUUGUCCUGGCAACUAUAGCCACCUGGAUAAGGCACGCUGGAGACGGCCCGCUGUGGGACUACGUUGUGGUCAGCGAGUCGGACGCCUGCCGCAUCAAGUGGUGGAAGCAUAUGUUAUACGUUAAUAACUAUUUCUAUGACCAUGUCAACUGUCUCCCCCAGACCUGGUAUCUAGCCGCUGACACCCAGCUAUUCUGCUUAGGUCUCCUAGUGCUUGUAGCGUUUCGGACGCAAAAAGCUAGAAAAAUAGUAGCGAUAAUCAUUUUUCUACUAUCACUCGUAAUUACCGGAGGUGUUACGUAUUUUAAUAAAUUGGACGUCAUUUUGUUGCAGACUCCAGAGAACUAUCGGACUCUAUAUGCAAAUGAUGACACAUUCAAACAAACGUACGUCGCGAGCCACGCCAACUUAUCAACCUUCGUGUUAGGCUUUGCUGCGGCCAUGCUUGCCUACCAUUGGCAGGUGGAGAAAAAAGAUCUCACUGUUUAUAAGCGACACGGGUGGGUGAUGUGGCUCCUCUUCCCCACUGGACUUGGUCUGUUGCUCUCCGGCGGUAUCUUCUAUAUCGAUGGGAUUGAGCUAUCCCAAGCCUUCAAGGCAGUUUCCGCUGUCUUCAUGAAAGUCGCCUUCAUCAGCAUUGUCUGUGCAUUCAUGAUCGGAUGCAUAUUUAAGUUUGAAAAUUUAUAUCGCUGCAUAGUGGAGUGGCGCGGCUUCACUUGGACCGGCAGGAUAUCAUACAGCGCCUUCCUUCUUCAUACAAUUUUUCAGAGAUGCCUGUUUGGGAUCCAAAUGUCACUUAUUUAUUUGUCUGAUUUCGAUAUAGCUAUGUUCCUGCAGGCUUCGCUAUUUACCUCCUACCUUUGCGGCGUGUGUUUAUACUUAUUUGUGGAGGCACCAGUCGGAAGUCUAGUCAAAGCUUUGCUGACCCCAUCUGAGAAGAAUACAGUGCAAGCACCCGAAGAUAAAUAGUUUCUUAAGACCUUUAGCAAAUGUAGUUUUAAUAGUCACAAAUAAAUGAUUACUGUUUCCACUACCUACAAGAGUUUUCAAUCUUGAAAUUCGGAUCUUUUCU